AUGGAUCCGUAUACAGACUAUGUAACAGGCGAAUGUUUACAAUUCCCAGACUUCUGUCCUAUUUGUCUUGAGAACGGGGGUGACUUUAGCGAGUUACUUAAUGAUGAGGCUAGGGAUAAGUUGACAGGUCAUCCAUUGUUUAGCGCCUUUCAUCGCUAUGAGCAAGGGAGAAUUGCCAAGCAGAUUUGGGAGCGAGUUGAGAGUCACCCAGCUCAAAUCCUUUCCGACGACUCUAUCCGUGUAGAAGAGGCUACCCCUACCUCAAAUCUGACAUUCAGAAUCACCCAGGAUAUUUACGAUUUGUUGUCUUACUCCUUUUGGCGCGAGGUAAUCAAUGAAAGAAGAAGUCCCAGUCCAGUCAAGCGUAAGCUUCUGGUCCAAUUGCGCAAGUAUGCUAUGUCACAGAUCGUGCAAGAACGUUCUCGAUUAUAUCUCCUUGAACAGGCCCACGAGUCCGUAAGACCAACUCUGCUGAUGACCGUCCUCCGCUCUAUAGGCCUUGAUGAUUUGGCAGAUGCAGACAGCGACUGUACUAUUUGUAUGGCGCCGUUAAGCAAUCCAGGUGCGGUAGUAAAGCUUGAAAUUCCUGUCAAAACACCUUGCGGCCAUAUUUUUGGCAAUAAGUGCAUCUGUACCUGGAUUAGAGACAAUACCAACUGCCCAAACUGCAGGCGCGAGCUCCUAUCACUCAAAGCUAGUGAGACAGUACUUGCGGCACAGCAGGAGAGUACCAGAUCAGAGGUAGCCAUGCCUAUGUUCCUCUACCGACUUCUUGGUCUGGAUCCAGCCCUUGCCGCUGGUGACUUAGACAUCAUCAAAGAAAGAGGGCUCCGUUGGUGGUUAUUCCAAAGACGAAUCAAAGAGCCUGCGGAAGAGCCCGAAGCUAUGGCUGCCGGACUGGUCACUCUCACCUUGUCUAGUGGCUCGGAAACUCCCCCCAGUCCAACCCAGCAUGAAGCAACGUAA